GGCUCCUUUGCCGUUUGCCGUCCUUGCGCAGCAUCCUCGUUGCGUAGGCAUCAGGCGUGCAAGCCAGAUCGCUGACAGGCGGCAGCGCUGCAACCUGCACGCGGCACGACGUCGCCGCGACCGCUCCUUGCAAUGCUGCUGCUCGCCGGCCGGGCGCGCGGCCUCGCGGCGCUGCGCGUCGGCCCAGUGGGGGCGAGGCGCGUGAAAGCUGUGGCGCUCGGCGGCGCGGCGCUCAUGGCGACGCAGCAGAAGGAGGCCGACUGCGCCGCGGGCCAAAACCUGAGGGUCGCGUCGUACAACGUCCUGAGUUCGAAGCUCUGCGAGCCGGGCUACUUCAUAAAGUGCGCCAAGGAGAAUUUGGACCCGCCCACGCGCCUGAAGCGCGUCCAGGCUCUCUUAGAAACAGAAACUAAAAAGAACGCCGUCGUCUGCCUGCAAGAAGUCUCGAGGGAGUGGUCCGGCGACCUCCACGCGUUCUUCGCGCGGCAGGGCUACCAGUUCACGACGGGGUUGUACGGGAACCCUUUUAAUGGAUACAUGGUGCGCGGCAGUGCAUAAAUCAAAAUUUCACGGCGCGGUCGUGCUGAAUCGUCACGUCGACCUCCACGCCAUCGACGCGACGCCUGCUCGAUAGCGUGGCGAUCCGCCCGACUCACUGGUUGAUUUAUGCACAGGGUGUUGCAUUAGCCUGGCCCCAGGACAAGUACGACCUCGUCACGAUCGACUGCGCGCGGCUGUCCGACGACGUCCAGGAGGCCAGACAAAAGUGGGAGAAGCGCGAAGAAAUUACGGGCAUCCGAAAACUCGCCUCGAACCUGAAAAUACGACUAAAAAACGUCGUCUCCGCGUUAACGUCCUCGUUAGAAUACGAGCGCCCGCCCUUCGACGGCUGGAAGGAGGCGCGCAAGAAGCACAACGUCCUCGUGACGGCCACACUGCAACCGAAGAAGGGCGGCGACGCGUUUUGUGUCGGUACUUAUCAUAUGCCGUGCUUGUUCGGCUCGGUGGAUAAAGAGCGCGUCAUGGUCAUCCACGCUUCCCUAGCUGCAGCACGGGUCAAGAAGGUCGCGGCUGGUAAAAGAUAUGUACUCUGUGGUGAUUUCAAUAUAAAACCGUAUGAUGCCUGCUACCAGUUAUUGACGCAAGGGUCCUUGUCUGGGGAAUUUGCCGAUCGAACGCCGACGAAGCCGGACGGGGACGUUGUCGCAGGCAACUUCUCGUCUUCCGUAGAUCCUCCGUUGAAGUCGGCCUACGUGCUGGCCAACGGGAAAGAACCAGAUUUUACGAACUUUGCUUACACGAAACCGAUGGGCGACGCCAUGGACGCCUUCGUCGAGACGCUCGACUAUGUGUUUCUGGGGCCGGGCUGGGCCGUGAACUCGGUUUUGGAUACUGUUCCUGCUUCGGCGAUCGACCGGUCGAAGCCGUACCCUACUUCCACUCAACCGUCGGACCACUGCAUGAUCGCGGCGGACUUGCAGAUGGUGUAGUAACCUUGUUUCUCGCGUA